AUGGAGAAAGUCACGAUCUUGAGGCACGGUGAGUCGCUAGAUUCGAAGACGAAAGGAAAUAACGGUGCCGAAGCAGGUGCAGAUCGUGGAUUUGAAGUCUCCGGUGGAGGGAAAGACCGACAUGUACGCUGGAUCGGCGUUCGCGUUGUCGCCAGAGCCCAGUGCGCUCCCGCUGCCGUCGUUUUCGAAGAAGAAGCAGGUAUCGAAGGUUGUCGACGGUGA